CAUUGAUGCCGUGCGACUCAGACGUGCACUCGCCAACUACUAACACUGCGAAUGAAAUGUAUUAACAUCGAGAUAGGUUUUGAAAAUUUGCAUUUUAACUAGUUUGAGGAUUUUUACAGGGAGAAGUACAUGUGCUUGGUAUGAUGUUCCCCCGUAGCUACAGGAAGUAGUUGGGUCCAACAAAGGCAAAACUGGGAGGCGGUUUGUUUUCGCUCGAAUAGAACGCAACGCAACGCAACGCUGCUGCCGCCGCCGCCGCCGCCGCUAGCUAGCACUGCGGCACCAAUUUUCCGUGAGGUUGUGGCCGUGAAAUCUCUUUUGGCUUGCUUCCCUCCAACCCUCCCUUUCAACUGUGUGGUUGCUCGCCAUGGCUCUGUGCGGUGGUGUGGGAGCCAUGGCUUUACCGAGUGAGCUCAUCGUCCACAUCUUCUCCUUUCUAUCCGACCGAGACAAGCUGCGGGCCUCCGCCGUUUGCUCGCGAUGGAGGGAGUGCCUGUUCUAUCCCGCCCUGUGGAGCGAACUCAAACUACGGAUAGGUGGUGGCAACGGUGCAAGCGCUGAGGAGUAUUCGAGAUUAGAGUUCCUCAUGCGGAGGUUCGGCGCGUUCGUGCGAGAGCUGCAGCUGGAACUGGCUCCCGGGGAAGUCGGCUCCAGAGCCCUAAACAACGAGCCGCCCUCCACUCGAAUGGACCUUCCUCCCGCCGGUCCUGACAACGAUCCGCAGCCGUCCGAACGAUGGGGGGACGCAAUGGACACCUACGUGGACCUGGCCUUGUGUGUGCUAAGCAACAUCCGCAACAACAGGAACCUGCAGAAGUUGCGUCUAUACGGCGACACGUGUGCUCUCCAACAAGAGGGACUCUUGAACAACUCCAACUUCCACCAGAUUCACCGCAAGAAAAUGAACGAGAUCCAGCGCUUGUUCAGGGAGUUGUUGUCUCACAGCAGGCAGCUUCGGUGGUUGUCGUGUAGCUUUAUGCUGGGUGUGGUGACCCCUUCCUCCUUAGCAUGCCUGUCCAACCCUUCCUCUGAGACCUUGGAGCACCUCAGUUUACUGGACCACCAGCUUGGUGCGCUCAUCUCAGCGCCGGAGUUGGAGCGUCUUUCUUCCCUUCAUUCAUUGGCUCUGGAUUUCUCCCAUCUGACGUCUGAGCUUUGUAGCCUGUUGGCAUCGCCCCGGCGCGCUCCGCUGCAUCGUCUCUCCCUGCUGCUCAAUGGCAGCACGCUGGAGGUCAAGUCUUUGGACGGGACAGCCACAGAUGAUGAUUGGAAGGCGCUGGUACGAGUGAGCGCCAACCUGCGAGUGUACAUGAUGGCUGUGGAGGUCAGCAGCUCCGAGCUCCUCCGAGUGCUCAAGCCGAGCCUUCCGCUGGAGCGCAUUCACCUGGACAGCUACAGCACACUGGUGACGGACGCCACCCUGGAGCUCAUCGCUCAGCAGUACAACAAAACGCUGACCCACUUCCUUUUGCUGAGGGAUGACCCCGAGUUCCCGGACCUCAGCGUCAAUCGCAAUGAAGACCCAUUGGUCCUCUUGGCUUGGAGGUGCACUCAGCUGGCUGUGCUCGUAAUUCACGGCUACACCGUCUGGUCUCAUAACUUGGUGGCAAUCUCUCGGCUGCGAGGAUCCAGUCUUCGCGUCCUGACCGUGUCUGAAGAGAGCAUCGACUUUGACCCGGACCAGCUGGUGUAUCUGGAAGGCGAUCCGGUUCAUAACCUGGUCAAAGAGGUCUCGCUCGGCCUCGGCCGAGUGUGGCACCCGUGUUUGGAUUACAGCCAGGUUUUGACCGAGCCCAGCCAGCAUUUCCAUCGUGAACUGCAUGCCUUCAGCAUGGGCAUGUAGGCCAGUUGUUGGGAUGGGCCCAGGCCAGGCCCGGCCAGAUUAAGCAAGUCCACGUCAGCUCACAGCGCACUCCACCGAUCUCAUCUUGAUCUCAAGCAAGGCCGAUUGUGUGGUUGGCAGGGGUUUGGGCGUAUCACAAAGGCGAGGCAAAUGCUGUCAUUUCUGGUUUGGGGUGUUCAAAAAGUGAAAUUGAGAAAUUCCAAAAUUCGCCGGCCUCAUUGACAGUUAGACAGUCCGGUCAAUCCAAGUUGUAGGCUUCAUAAUGUCUUUCAGGGCCCAUAAGUUGCGGCUCAUGUAAUAAAGCCCACAGCCACUGUCUGAUAUUAUCUUUUAACAGGACAGGGAGGAUGCUUGAUUAAUAGAUGGGAGAAAUAAAUACUUGGCGUGAAUGUGUGCUCGGGCGACCCAAGCGAUUAGCUUUAGUUUUCAACGCUUCUUUUUAUCUUGUUGUUUUGCGCAAGUUGUUAAUGUACCCAUCACUUCCUGGGUACGACGCGUUCACUGAGUGCAAAAAGCGAAUGGGGCUGGUGCUGGUGCUGGUGCUGCUCACUGACUAGUUCUCAGCAAGAGUCAUGUCGGUGUCACGGCGUUGACGCAUUUGCGUUCAGCGCAAUUUCUAACCUUUUUAUCCAGUGAGAUUAUUUCGAAAGAUCAUGAUGAUGGAAAUGAAGCUUCACAUUUGCUUCAUGAAGCAUUUUUUCCUCUCGUCAGACUCCUCUAGAUGGCACUGUUAGUUUAGUCUGGAUCAGUCCAAAAUGGCAUCAAAUGAUUCAUGAAGCAUAUUUGAAGCUAAAUUAGGAAGCCUUGUCUUCCGGUAGGUGCUCGUGACCAAAUGAUAACGUUCAGAAACUGACAAGAGAGCCUACUCAUUGUUUUCCUCCUUUAUUAUUUCAUCCCCCUCCUUUUGUCGUUGAGAUCCAGACCAUUGUCCCCAAUUCCCCUUUGUACAUGCUACGAUGGAAGCGAUGGAAACGGCCUGUGAAUGAAUGGCAAAGUGCAAAGGCAUGCUUGCGUGACAAUGAACUGCUGUGUGCAAUUUCCCUUUGGAACUCUUUAUAGCGCUCGGUGAUUGAUAAAUCUGUCGGAAGCUUACAAAGAUUUUGCGUUGAAGUGCCGCUUUCGUCUUCUUGUCAUUGCAUGGGCCGAAAUGAAAAAUGGCAAUUCUUUUCACAAUGGCUCAUUUUGUGGUAGAGGGGAUUACAUCAACAAAAAAGCAAAACUCUUUGAGUAUUCUAGGAUUUUAACUCUUGUGUGAGGGAGAAAAAAAAAGUCACCGAUUGCACAACGGAAUUUUCGAGCGGUACGGCUCAUUCCUAUGGUGACGGCUUUUGCGCUUAGUCUCAGGUAAGCUUUUCCAUCCCUUUGACUGGGACACUGGUUGGAUGAUGUCAAGAAGAGGAUGUGGAAACAAUCACGGUUCUUGCAGAUGCUCUUUUUACUUCCUCUUGAGUCACAGUUGCCUUGGAGACCACAAGCGCUUGUUUAUUGUCCUGGUUAGUUUGACAUCCACUUUGGUAGAUUUGUGGGCCAACCUAAUCGUACAUUUGUUUUCAAGGUAUUAGGUUAAUUGAUGCGGGCGGUGGACGAACGGCACACUGUGGAUGGAGUGCGCUUGGGCGGCCUGAGCUGAAUUUGUCAGGGCAACGUGUCGUCGGGCUAAUAUUCAGUCCAAGCAUUAUUUGUUGGGCGCUAAUGGGACCAAGAUGGUUCAAACGUGAUCAUCUCUUGUUCUUGGUCCAUAUCUCAGGAUUGUUGCACUUUGGGUACCAAGAUUUUUUUUUUUGAAGAGGAUAACUGGCUUCUGCAUGUACGAGUUUGUGUAUACUGAAGAGCAGCAAAACACACCUGACCAAAAUAAGGUUUUACUAGAUUCUUUUAUUUUAAGGGGGGGGGGGGGGGGGAAUGAAUGAAUGACUAUUUGUAGGCUGUUUGUACAGCAAUGAUUCCACCUCCUUUCCAUCAUCAAUCGUGUUUGUGUUUGAAUGCAUUCAAAGAUAAUACGGCCGGCACUCAUGCCAGCGGAAAAAGUAGCUCCUAACGGAAAAAUCUCAGUUACACCUCGCCACUUUUUUUCACACAUCCCAAGUGUGUAUCCUCCUAGCAGUAUCUGUUUUGGCUUGUGUGCACGUCGUGCGGUUUGCUCGCGCAUGUUUAGUCAACCUCGCAGCAGGACGCCAGAACAGAAAGAAGAGGUUCUCAUGGUGCAGUCAGAUGUCGAGGAAUAGAAACAAUAGCUCAGGCCUCUCGCUUGCUCGUGAGACCAGCAGAGGAGUCAUGGAUGGAUGGAGGGAGGGAGGGGGGUAGAGACGGACGGAUGGAUGGAUGGAUGGAUGGAUGGACGGAUGGAUGGAUGGAUGGAUGGAUGGAUGGAUGGAUGGAUGGAUGGAUGGAUGGAUGGAUGGAUGGAUGGAUGGAUGGAGCGAGCGAAACGUUUCAAUGCCAUGGUUUCAGUUUCCGUAUCGUCACGUACACUGGCAGCAGGGUGCUCCAGUAGUUUUGCUUUUAUAGUUCACAUUCGAAUUGUUGCCCCCCAAGUCUGCCUUGUCUUUGUCUCCUACUCACACGCUUUUCCCUAGGACCUUUUAUUGUUGGGGGGUAAACCAACACGUGGGGGGCGGGGGGGUGGGAUUCUGCCAUUGUUGUUGGCUACGGUUUUAAUUUGUCGUGAGCGUGGAUUGUUUUUUGUCGGCUAUUGGAAUCCAGCAUGCGCUCAUUCACAACAAUUGUUAGAGAGUCUUUGCUCAACAUAAGCAGACAUGCAAAACAAGGAGAAAGGCAAUUUGGGACACAGCGAAGCAUCUCAGUGUACUAGCCAGUAUGAGAUUCAACGAAGCAUUCCUUCACCAGGCUGGAACUGGAAGUUUUUCGGGCCUAAAGACCAGUGUGCCUGAUUUGAAAUGCAUUCCGCGGUGGACUUCAUCCAAAGUGUUUAUCGGUCUGAGCUGAAAAGCAAUUUGCUGCUAGGAAUGGUGAAGAACUUGGGUGACUCUCAGGUCAGCUGACUGACAUCAAGUUUAGAACCUGAAUGCUAAUUCAUGUCAUAGAUACUAUGGAAAUAUAUAUUUUUGCAUAUAUAUAUAUAUACUGUAUACACGUGUCCAGCAAAAGUUGCAAAAAUGAGGAUGCAGCUUGUUCCGAUUAGCCAGUCACACCAGAGAAGCAGCUGGACUGAUGGAUGAGUGUGAAGGUGUGGUCUUUACACACAUUUAAAGGCCAAGUGAUAUACGCAUGUAUGCAACACUUACUGACCCUUUUAAGAUAUUUUGUGUUCGGAACACAAACGCUCACAUUUGAGAUGGCUGAACGGAAUUAUCGAAACUCACCCAGCUUUAGGUCUUUUCACCAUCAAAAUCACUCUGUUGACUUCCACUUUGAUGGUCACUCCUGCGUAAUUCCAGUUCCUUCUGUUACUUCUCAGGAUGUUUGCAACCUGUUGGAAACUGGUCUUACUAAAGUUCCUUCUUCUUCUCAAUCGGUUGUUAACAAUAGGCAGCGUUUCCACAUCAUGAUGUGAGCCUUUGGAUACUUCCUCUUCUAUUUUUUUUUAGUACUACCGGGAUUAGGAAUGGCUGGAUUGUCAUCAAUAUCUUGUUUUGUUACACACUGGAUGUUUAUUGCACUGGUGCAGGUCAGUCUGGUCACAUCCACGCAGAGAGCCUUAGAAGACAUCUCGCGUUAAGCAGAGAUGAACUAGCUUCCGAUUCCAGUUUUAGCUCCAUCUUGUGUGUGUCUGAUGCACUUUCCACGCCACUUGCCGAUAGCGAGCAAUCUUGGUUACUGUGGCCCUGUUUCUGGAUUCUCUUGUCAAGUCUGAAGAGCCAAAGCUGCUAUCAACAGGCAGGCAGGCAGUCAACAGGCAGGUGCCCAGGCCUCACAACUAUGCAAGAGGAAUGCAUCUAAUCCCCCCUCGCGGUCACACACAGUCAAGGACAGAAGACGAUAAAUACCACUUGGCCUUAUGAUAAUUGGCAUAAUCAUAUAGUUUCCUUUGUAAGAUCUUAAGAUUGCGGUGCAGAAGGCGCGGUGACGGCAGGCAGGCAGGCUCACUCUUGGUCUCUGUGAGACUGGCUCGAUGGCCCCAGUUUUAUCGUGGUACGAAUGUUGUGCAUUUGUUUCAAAUCAGGACAGUUUGCAAUAACAGCAGUCUUACUAGUAGUGCUGAUCUCUAGAAAACCACAGAGGAAGAGAUGAUAUAUAGUAUACCAUAUGAGUACAUAGAUAGAAAAACAUUCACGGUGCAUACGUGUAGAGGUCUCAACAAUUCUUUACUGUGGUGUACUAUUGCUACGUAAAAAUAUGUGUCCGCUUGGAUUUAAGACUACGAGAUACUAUAUUAUGAAAUCAUACAGACUUUGAACGUCAAAUAUUAUGUUUGGGUGUGUGUUUUUCCAAAUGGGUUUGAAAAUGACCGUUGAAGGUUCUGACUCUCAUUUCCGUGUGAUUUUUGUCUCGUUACAAUGUGCACAUAAUCGUGGCUUUAAACCUUUGCAUUGCAUUAGCAAGGGGUCAAAGUUGACCCCAAACCACAGCGGGACAAGAUUCCUACGUGUUAAAAGACAUCAUCAAAUGGUUUUCAUUUCACUUUUAGGCUUUAAGCAGAGUACAAGAUGGUUUGAGCUGGAGCAACAGUUAAAUCAAGGACAAGUAGAGAAAAUCGACCCGAAAAAAAAAUCUUUUGCGUAAUUCAGUUUUUCCUCUGUCAAACGACUGUUUGGUGAAUGUCAAAUCACUUCAAACGUGAUUACUAGAAUUGCUUUGGGCCAGUCUGCCAACUAUUCCUUAUGUGGCAUGUCCAUAGCUGAGCUUUGCAAUGAUCACAUCUUAUUUGCUCAGCUCGAACAGUAUUGAUCCAAGGUGGUGGCAUUGGAGCCCCCCCCACAUUAAGCAAUUCAGUAAGCAGUCGGGGUGAAAUGGAUGGAAUGUUUUGAAUCUUGUGUUGAAUGAAUGCUGCUUCUUUUAGUCAGUGAAUAAAAGCAUCAAAAUGUAA